UAGAGGGCAGCAAGGUGAUGUUACAAAAUGGCAACUUUGCGGAAGUCGGAGUCUGCUUGUGGUGCUGUAGCUUAGAAGGAAUUAGAUUACUGCACAGAAAAAGCCCACAAAGGGCACAUAUCUUACUAUGGGGUCUCGUUUGAAGGAAAAUCCCGAGCAUAUUUUUGAAUGCUUUUUUGAGGUAGCAGCACCUAAGGACACAGAUUCUAAGCCAGAAAUUGUUUCAAUAUACCCAUUAGACUUUGAUGAUGAGGGCUGCAAGAAGGAGUUGCCUCGUUUCUGCUUCCCAUGUGAUACAAGUUUUACUCCUGCUGGUCAGUUGUUCACAUUUGUGUUGACGGACAUUGAAAGCAAGCAAAGGUUUGGAUUCUGCCGGCAUCCACCAGGAGCAAAAACUUGUCUCUGCAUACUAAGUUAUUUACCAUGGUUUGAGAUUUUCUACAAAACUCUGAAUACUCUUGGUGAAUUACAUAAUAAGUCACAGGUGGAUGAUGUACACCUUGUGCUUAAUGAAUUGUAUAAAAUGGACGUGCCACAACCAGGCAGUGUAUUGCAUAUGAUAGAGGCUGAGCAGUUAUUGGACCUACACAACUUAAAGGUUCCUGAUCCAAAUAGUUUACCGAAAGUACCAGAAAAUAGGAAUAUAACUGAAUACUUCAAUGCAGUCAACCCAAAUAUUAUGAUGCACAUCUUUGCCAGUUUACUCUAUGAACGAAGGGUUCUUAUAACAUCUAGACGCUUAAGUUUACUUACUGCCUGUAUUCAUGGUGCUGCACAGCUGAUAUAUCCACUACACUGGCAACAUAUAUUUAUACCGGUGAUGCCGCCCCACCUACUGGAUUACUGCUGCGCACCCAUGCCGUACCUUAUAGGGGUUCAUUCUUCACUUAUGCAGAAGGUUAAGAAAAUGCCGCUGGAUGAAGUACUUGUGCUUGACGCAGACAUUAAUGAUUUUGAGAGUCCAUACAAUGAUUUAGAGAAACUUUCAUCAGAUGUUGUGAAUCAACUAAAGAAGAAUCUUCGGAACAAUGCGACUCAACUUGGAGAUGGUAUUGCACGCUCCUUUAUGAAGGCUCUGGUGCCAAUCAUUGGUAACUACAGGGCAGCAAUAAAGCAACAGGAUACCAGUAAAUUUGAGUUUGAAGAAGAGUUAUUUAUCAAACACAGCCCAACUAACAUGCACACCUUUCUGGAGACGCUGCUUCAUUCUCAACACUUUCAAGAAUUCAUUGGGGACCGACUGAAUGACUUAAAUGCAAAGAGGGGUUAUAACGACAUAUUUGAGGAAGAAAUUCGUGCUGCUAGUACUGAAAAAGAGAAAAAUAAAAUGAAAGAUGCGUUUUUAAAUAUGAAGACUGAUAGUAGGGCAUUGAUAAAUAAAGUGCAAAAGAAGAUUUCCUCAAAUCAUAGCGUAAAGGGUAACAGGGCAAAUCCUGCAAUGAAGCAUAUGGUUCAGCAGACAAAGGACUUUGCAAAAACAGGUGUGAAAGAAUUCAAAGGCAUGAAGACUAAGCUCAUUAAAUCAAAGGAUGAUUUAGACACAGGACAUUCUAUUCAACAUCUCAAGAUAUCGGGGCCUAUUCCCACAAGGCGGAGUAACCCAAGUUCACCGUCCUCAAGUCCAAAUUUAAGAAGGACUCUGAAGCCCACCUUUGUAGCAGGAACGAACUCACAACGUCCAAGAACGGUGGCCAUUACACCCAAAGAUGUGAUGCAUAAAACUAAUGCUAGCGAUAAAAUCAGAUCUUAUAGACCAAUUGAGUUCCAUGACGGAUUUGAUGAUAUCCUGGGCAAAGACACACUGUUUAGUAAUAAAGAGUUAAACUCAAUACUCAAGAAGUUGGAUAAAGAUAGUACAGACUCAAGCUCCGAAAGCUCAUAUGCAGAUGAUGAAAAGAAACCAACUGAGGUCCCGAUCCCAAUGCCUAGAAAGAAAAAAAUAAAUUCAUUUAAUCAACAAGGACCUGGUAGCAACACCUCAAACGAAUCACUAAAACCUGGCACAUUACUUCAACAAAGCAUGCUAGCAUCUCAGCCCCCUACUGCACCUCCCCGCAGGCCAAAAAAAGCCACAAAUGGUAGCAUACCUACAAGAAGCCUAUCUUCCAAUUUUGUUCAAUCAAACACUAACAAAAACGCUUGCACUUCUGAUUCGUUGAUUGAUAUAUCUGAUUGGAACUCAUUGGAUCCAGUUUCAAAAGAAAUCACUCUACGUACGUCCAGGUCCGCGGAAAAAUUGACAGCAUUUGCUGACAACUUUACUGACUAUAACUAUACUGAUGUCCAGGGAUCAGAGACUGGAGUGUGCAACACAUCUACAGAAAACAUGCUUCUUGAAAUAUUCAGUGAGGCUUCUAAAACUGCACAGUUAGAACCACCAGUGAGGCAAAUGCGAACAAACAACAGUAGUCCAAACUUGAAUACGUACAGUGCCCCACCAGUCCAGACAAAUCCGUUUGCACUUAACGUUCCUCCGUCACCUCAGAUAAACUUUACUGGAAUUCAUGAGCAGCAUUCUCCAAAUACAAUGAGUUCGUUUCAUCAACAGUACCCCUGUCAAACAUCGGGUACCACUUUGUUGUCGCUAGCGGGCGGCCAAACAAACUCUGGCAAAAGGAAUUCAAACCCAUUUCAAACUUCACCAACCACAAAACAGUCAGAUCCAUUUGAGGAUUUAGUAUCUAUACAAAAAAGCUAUGUUAGCUCUACUUGUGGGAAGUCCACAUAAUGUACGUAAUAUUGCAAUACACUGUGUAUUUUGUUGCUGUUUUACUGCACUGUACCUGAGCCACCAUCCUGUCAUCAUGUAUGAUUGUCCAUUUGUAAACGUCGGUUCUGUAUUUCAAUGCUGUAGUACUCAUGAUUUGAACUGUCAGCAGAUAUGUGUGAUCCAUAAAGUUAGGAAUACUGAAGUGUUAACUAUGAAAGACGGAGAUGGAUUGAAUUUGUAUCUGUGUGCAACAAGUGGUGUGAAUUUGCACUAUAGUAUUCUUAUUAGACCUCUAUGGUUGUUUAAAUAACCUAGUUUUCUGGUUAUUGCCUCAAGUUUUGGAUGUGUGGGAAAAGCACUAAGCGUGAGCCCUCUGUUGUUAUUAUACUAAUUAGGAUUGUGUGCAAUGCUCAGUAAAGCAAAUAAAUAUAUCAAUUGAACUAAUAACCACGUUUUAGAAUGAAUCCCUUUCAACAAAGCUUUCUCCAGCAGUGGUUACAACAACAAAAUAAACCAGCAGUAUCUUUCUAUGUAUGUUAAUAUCCAAUAUAAAUCAAACAUAGAGAGAAUACAAUAUAUAGAUGAUGUAUAUAUAUAUAUAUAUGUGGAAAAACAGUAUUCCAUUAGUUUAAAUAUUAAAUUCAUUUUGAUUGUUUAUUAUUUUAUUCUUCGGUCCAUUGCAUUAGUAUAUGAUAUUUAUAAAGGACGAGAAAUUAUUUUCCAAAUCUCUAUUUAAAUUUUUCAUUUGAUUAGGCCUGUGUCUGGAAUUAGUUAUAUGGAGCUAUUAUUUAACAUACAUGGUCAUAUUAUAUAAUUAUAAAUGUUUAAAGAAGUAAAUAUAAUUAUUUAUGUGUUAAGUAUAAGAAUCGCCCCAAACAGUAUCUGAUUUUGUGACAUCAUAUAAUAUGAUAUUUGCUGUGACACUUUAAAACCCAAGAAUAAAAGAAGCAAUCAGUAUAUUUGAAGGUUGAAAAUAG